CAGUAUUUUCAUCUUCAGAUAUCAUCAGACGAGUAGCUUUAUAAUAAUGUCUAGGAUUGAUACUUAACUAGCUUGACAUGCCCUCUAUACUGAGUGAAGUUCCAAUCAUAGAAAAACACCCAGAAUCCUGUACGGUUCAGUUGGGAAAAGACUGUAAACUUUUCUGCCAUGUUAUGGGCAAGAAUCUCAAGUAUCGCUGGUACAGAAGAUCCCGAUGCCUGGAGGGGGAGACCUCUUCAGUACUCCAUAUAAGGAAAGCCGCCAUGAAUGACGCCGGACAGUACUCCUGCAUUAUAUCGAAUGACAAGGAAUCUGUGAUCACGUGGGCAACCGUUGACGUCAUUUCCGUUAUUUCUUCCCCUAAAGUUAGAUAGCAAAUAAGAAAGCGAACUUUUGUUCCAUUUUUUGUGUAGACUUGAAGUUGUUUAGGAGCCUUUUUAUAUAUUCAUCAAUCAUUUACUUUUUGUUAAUCGAUAUUUUUCUCCAAAAACGCCAGGUCAGUUUAUAGUCAAGAUGAUAUAUGGAGAGCAUUUCAGGGUGAUCCCCGGUGUAAUAGCCACAGCUGACGUCAUGAGUCGCGUACCAUCAGACUUCAAAUAAAACCAAAGUAACUUGAAGAGCCAAUCAGAAGAAAGGAAGUUAUCACAAGGAGCCAAUAAGAUCGCAAAGUAAAAAGCCCGGGAAGGUGCGAGUAAGCAAGCCGCGAUUAAGUUAAACUUAAACCUGGGUGAAAAGAUGUCGCGAGUUUUCUGAACCAAUAACACAGAGAGGUAAAACAAAGUAAAGGAAUCCUGGAUAACUUUCGACAUUGUA